AUGUUCCUAAGACCAAGACUGAAAGGCAAGUUCUCAACCGACACAGCCUAUUUCAACCACAAGUCGAUACGAGGCAACAUUGCAAGCCAGAUCGAUUUCCACAAGAGCGGUUUCUACAGUUGCCAUCAUCUCUCAAAAGUGGACGACAAGCAAGUUGGGCCAACCCUCAAGAAAUUCAUAGCUGACUACGGUAUACCAGAGCACCUCACGAUGGACGGAGCAGCAGGACAAGUGGGACGCAACACAAUCAACAGAGCCGCAAUUAACUGUCACAUCUCCAGACCAUACCGACUGGAAGAAAACCCAGGGAUCAGAGAGCUCAAGCGACAAUUCUACAGAUUGAUAGUCAAGCAUGCGAUACCAGAACGGCUAUGGGACUUUGUGCUUGAUUAUGUGGUUGAUACCAUGAAUAUCACCGCCAACUACUCAAGACAUUCUGACGGACAAGUACCGCUUGAAGUGAUAACCGGGAUCACGCCGGACAUUACAGAAUACAUGGACUAA